AUGGAUUGGUUGAAGGCAAAAGAGCCAUGUUCGCAACCUUCUCCUCUUUCCAAUGCGUUGAACAGUCUCCAAAUACACUUGUCACACAUUAUUCGAGCAAUCCCAAUCCGAAACCGGUUUGCUUCUGUUUCUCCGUCUGCAGAUAAUAGUCAACCAACAAUUGGUGGUUGUGCUGAUUACACACUCACUGCGGAUGAAAUCAAGAAGCGAGUAGCUGGGGUCUCUGUAUAUAAACUGUCAAACGAUUCACAAGAUAAAUUAUGUGGGGUUUCUGAAUAUGGGGAUAGAGCGAUUCAGUUUUACUUUUUAAAUAAGCCCGAUGCUCUCGAUUUUAUGGACAGAGUUCAAUGCUCGUCCAACACUCGAAUCUUUGAUGCUCCACUUACAGAGGUCGUCGAUUUUGACGGCGAAAACUAUCGCCCCAUAAGGUUGAUACCAGAGUUAUCCGAAGUCAAAAACGCCAUACAGGAAAAGAAGAAACAUAUUGCGGGUUUUCCAAAUGGGACAUUUGCUGGAGUUCCAGUUUUCCAGUCAGAUCGGUUAACAGUAAAAGGCAAGGGAGACACACGUAAAUAUCAUCCUGCUUUUCUAAGGAAGACGGACCUCGAAAAGGCUCUAGCUAAUGCUAAAGCACCAAAGCAAAAGGGCAUUAUACAGGUUGCUGCUCUUGAAGAUAUAAUACAAGAAAUGAAGGACUGCUCAACAUCCAAGUCGAAGGAUGUCGUUUUUGUAGCUCCUGGUAACAACAUGAACAUGGACAUGGCUUUUGAAGAAAGAUAA